AUGAGCUCCAACUCGACAACUGUCGAUGUAGAGUCCACCAUCGCCGAUGAAACCUCGCACGCAGAGGACCCAGCAGAAAAUUCAUCCAUCACCAACACAACAACGACAUGGCACAUGGCAUCUGAAGUGCGCCAGAUGAAGGGCCUCGACGAAGAAGGGGGAGGGAAACCUAGGAAGCUCGGCGUUUCAUGGAAGAAUCUUACGGUGAAGGGCAUUGGGAGAGACGCCAAUUUUAAUGAAAAUGUGAUCUCCCAGCUUUAUCCUUUUCACCACAAUGGCAAAAGAGAGGUGCUGAAGACCAUCAUUGAGAAUUCACAUGGGUGUGUUCAGCCCGGGGAGAUGUUACUUGUCCUUGGACGACCCGGGGCUGGUUGCACGACCCUGCUAAGCUUGCUCGCCAACAAUCGACUCGGCUACGAAGAAAUUACCGGAGACGUCACCUACGGAAACAUGUCUUCCCAAGAUGCCAAACGUUAUCGUGAUCAAAUUAUCAUGAACACCGAAGAGGAGAUCUUCUUUCCGACCCUGAGUGUGGAGGAUACCAUCAAUUUCGCCGCUCGCAUGAAGGUUCCCUAUAACCUGCCACCGGGAUUUGAGUCUCAAGAAGAAUAUGUGCAGUCAUUCAAGGAAUUCCUUCUGCGCUCCGCCGGGAUAACCCAUACCGCCCGUACGAAAGUUGGCGACGCAUUUAUCAGAGGUGUUUCCGGAGGAGAGAGAAAACGGGUGUCGAUUCUUGAAUGUCUGGCCACGCGCGCCAGUGUUUUCUGUUGGGAUAACUCCACGAGAGGCCUCGAUGCCAGCACAGCUCUGGAGUGGAUCAAAGCAAUCAGGGCAAUGACCGACAUUCUGGGCCUCACUACUAUUGUCACACUCUACCAGGCGGGCAAUGGCAUCUACGAGCACUUCGACAAGGUACUUGUCCUCGAUGAGGGCAAGCAAAUUUUCUACGGGCCCCAGGAGAGCGCUGUGCCAUUUAUGGAGAAUCUUGGCUUCAAGAUGGAUUCUGGAUCCAACCGCGCAGAUUUCUUGACUGGGGUAACAGUCCCAACCGAGCGACUCAUUGCGCCAGGAUAUGAAGACAAGUUCCCCCGUACCGCUUCUGAUAUCCUUGCUAUAUACGAACAGUCGGGUAUCAAAGAAAAGAUGCAGCAGGAGUCUCAAAACUACCCAACCAGUGAGGAAGCUGCGACGAAUACGGCCGUUUUCAAGGAAAUUGUCUCUCGUGACAAACACAAGGGUGUUCCUGAGAAGUCUUCGGUCACUGUUGACUUCAUUACCCAGGUGAAAACCGCUGUCACCAGACAGUACCAACUCAUGUGGGGUGACAAGCCGACUCUUAUCAUGAAGCAGGGCGCCACGUUGAUCCAGGCUCUUCUCGGAGGUUCUCUCUUCUAUUCAGCUCCCGAUAAUUCAGUCGGUCUAUUCAUCAAGGGGGGCGCCUUGUUCUUCUCAAUCUUGUACAACGCCCUGAUAGCCCUAUCAGAAGUGACCGACUCUUUCACUGGUAGGCCUAUUCUGGCCAAGCAUCGCUCCUUUGCUUUGUAUCACCCAGCAGCUGUCUGCAUCGCUCAGAUCGUCGCAGAUUUUCCCAUACUGUUAUUCCAAGUGACGCAUUUUGGCAUUGUCCUCUACUUCAUGGUUGGCCUGAAAACUACGGCUGCGGCAUUCUUCACCUACUUGGUCACCAACUUCAUGACUGCAUUGUCAAUGACGGGAUUCUUCCGGCUUAUUGGCGCUGCAUUCCCUACUUUCGACGCUGCGACCAAGGUCUCCGGUCUUUCCAUUGUAGCCCUAUUUGUCUACAUGGGCUACAUGAUUAUCAAGCCCGAGAUGCAUCCGUGGUUUGUAUGGAUCUUUUGGAUUAACCCCAUGGCCUAUGGGUUUGAAGCGCUUCUUGCGAAUGAAUUUCAUGGGCGAGAUAUACCGUGCUAUGGCCCCCAUAUCAUCCCGAACGGCCCUGGAUAUGUCAAUGGCGAGGGUGGACAAUCCUGUGCUGGUGUUCUUGGAGCAGAGCCUGGUGCGACGAGUCUCACCGGCGAUGCAUACCUGGCAGCCAUGUCCUUUAGCCAUAGCCAUGUUUGGCGCAACUUUGGCAUCGUUUGCGCCUGGUGGGUAUUCUUCGCUGUGGCCACGAUCUUUUUCACCACCAGGUGGAAGCUGCCAGGAGAGGGUGGCCGGAGACUCCUUAUUCCCCGCGAAAAGCAACAUAAGUCGAAGCAUCUUUUGCAGCCCAGGGACGAGGAAGCGCAGCCAUCGGAGAAGUCACCAACAGUCAAAGCCGGAUCGACCACAUCAAGUGAGCCUCUGGAGAAUACCCUUUCCCGGAAUAGGAGCAUAUUCACGUGGAAAAACUUAACGUACACCGUCAAAACGCCCGACGGCCAGCGUGUUCUCCUUGAUAACGUGCAGGGCUACGUUAAACCAGGCACACUUGGAGCUCUCAUGGGUUCUUCUGGUGCUGGCAAGACGACUCUCCUUGACGUUCUUGCUCAGCGAAAAACUUCUGGCACUAUUCAUGGAUCUAUCCUCAUUGACGGGCGGCCCCUUCCUAUUUCAUUCCAGCGCUCAGCUGGUUAUGUUGAACAACUUGAUGUUCAUGAGCCUUUUGCGACCGUCCGCGAGGCACUGGAAUUUUCGGCCCUCUUGCGUCAACCUCAGGAUACACCGAUCGAAGCAAAAUUGCGAUAUGUGGAUACGAUAAUCGACCUCCUAGAAUUGCACGACCUCGAGCAUACGCUUGUAGGCCGCCCAGGCAGUGGUCUCUCCGUGGAGCAACGGAAACGGCUCACCAUCGGAGUUGAACUGGUAGCAAAGCCGAGUGUUCUGAUCUUCCUUGAUGAGCCUACAUCAGGGCUUGAUGGACAGGCCGCGUACAAUACUGUUCGUUUCCUUCGGAAAUUGGCAGAAGUCGGACAGGCUAUUUUGGUCACUAUCCAUCAACCCUCUGCCCAAUUGUUUGCGCAAUUUGACAAACUACUAUUGCUGGCUGCUGGCGGGAAAACUGUCUACUUUGGUGACAUCGGUCAGAAUGCGAACGAUAUAAGGGAAUACUUCGGUCGUCAUGGAGCCCCAUGUCCUCCUGGAGUUAACCCCGCAGAGCAUAUGAUCGAUGUUGUCUCUGGUUCAAGAGACGAUGGCCAAAACUGGAACCAAAUCUGGCUGCAAUCCGCGGAACAUGAGGCCCUCUCUAGGGAACUUGAUACCAUCACCGAAGCUGCAGCUCCCCCAGCAGUUCAGGACGACAAACGCGAGUUUGCAGUUUCACUGUGGACGCAGACUAAAUAUGUGACGCAACGCAUGAACAUCUCACUCUUCCGGAACACCGAAUACCUGAACAAUAAAUUUGCGAUGCAUAUCAGCUUGGCGCUUCUGAACGGCUUUACCUUCUGGAUGAUCGGAGACUCGGUUACAGACUUGCAGAAAAACCUCUUUACUGUCUUCAACUUUAUUUUCGUCGCUCCAGGUGUCAUUUCCCAGCUCCAGCCUCUUUUCAUCGACCGUCGCGAUAUCUAUGAGGCGCGAGAGAAGAAGAGCAAAAUGUACCACUGGGCUCCUUUCGUCACUGGCCUUAUCGUUUCGGAAAUGCCUUACUUGCUCGUCUGCGCAUUGUUAUAUUAUGUCUGUUGGUACUUCACUUGCGGCCUCCCUGCCUCCGCAGAUCACGCUGGCAGUGUUUUCUUUGUUGUUGUGAUGUAUGAGUUCCUUUACACUGGUAUUGGACAAAUGAUCGCUGCUUAUACACCAAACGCCGUCUUCGCAUCCCUCGUCAACCCUCUCGUCAUCACAACCCUUGUCUCCUUUUGCGGCGUCAUGAUUCCAUACAGCCAAAUCGUGCCGUUUUGGAGAUACUGGAUGUACUACAUUGACCCCUUCAACUACCUUAUGAGCUCUCUACUGGUCUUCACUACCUGGGACAAACCCAUCCACUGCAGACCAGAGGAGCUGGCCGUAUUCAAUCCACCCCCCAACCAAACAUGCAGCGAUUAUCUUGACAGCUACCUCCAUAACAUGGGGGCGGGCGCAAAUCUUCUGAACCCAGACGACACCUCUGGCUGCCAGGUGUGUCAAUACACGCAGGGUGGGGAUUAUUUGCGUACACUGAACCUCAAAGAGGAAUAUUUCGGUUGGAGAAACGCAGGAAUCGUUGUAGCCUUUGUGAUUGGUAUUUACGGGCUUGUGUUCCUCAUGAUGAAACUCAGGACCAAGAGUACUAAGAAGGCCGAGGAUUAG